CCGGUGUGUCCUGCAGCCAUGGCCACCGCCAGGGCAUCGAGAUUUCUGCUGCUGUUCUGCAGAUCGUGCCGCAGCCUUCGAGGACCCCAGUCCCGAGCAUUCGCUGCCCUUGUGCCCGGUGUGUCCCAGGUAGACAACAGGUCCGAUUUCCUGGGGAAGAAGCCCCAUCGCAAGCAUCCGGGCAUCCUGCAUCUUCCGCACGUACAUCUGCCGCAAGCACUGACUGACGCCGCGCAGUUACUGCUUCUUGAGAGACCCAAGCGCAGUGUAGAGAAGCAGGUGCAAGCACUCACCAACUAUCUCUGGAGCCGACAUUUACCAGUAGAGCCGGAGGAGUUGCAAAGACGGGCCGCCUAUCUUGAGAAGAAAUUUCUGGAAAAACAAGACUCAACUCAGACAGAGGAAAAACUUCGUGAGGCGGUACUGCACGCCCUGCGCAAAACUACCUACCACUGGCAGGAACUCAGCUACAAUGAAGAACUGAGCCUGAUCUAUAUGGCAGCAAGAUUGGACGGUGGUUUUGCUGCAGUUUUCAGGGCAUUCCAUGAGAUCCAGGCUCGAAUCCCAGAGUUCCAGCCACAGACGUUGAUGGACUUCGGGUCUGGCACUGGUUCUGUUGCCUGGGCUGCUCAUAGUACUUGGGGCCAGAGCCUGCGUGAAUACGUCUGUGUGGACCGUUCAGCUGCCAUGUUGGGUCUAGCUGAAAAGCUCCUUAAAGGUGGUUCAGAAUCAGGGAAGCCCUGUAUCCCAGGUGUCUUUUUCAGACAGUUUCUACCUGUGUCACCCAAGGUCCAGUUUGACGUAGUAGUAUCAGCCUUCGCCCUCAGUGAACUACCCAGCAGGGCCGAUCGCACUGAGGUACUUCAGAACUUGUGGCGUAAGACAAGCCAUUUUCUGGUAUUGGUGGAGAACGGAACAAAAGCUGGGCACCGACUUCUCAUGGACGCCAGGAACCUGAUCCUCGGGGACAAAGAGAAGUCGCCCCUGGACCUGCGACCUAGCUUUGUCUUUGCCCCAUGUCCCCAUGAACUUCCUUGUCCUCAGCUGAACGCCGCCAAGUCCCUGGCCUGUAGCUUCUCCCAGGCCUAUCAGCCUAUCCCCUUUCACUGGAAUAAGAAACCAAAGGAGGAAACGUUCUCCAUGGUAAUCCUUGCCAGGGGUUCUCCAAAGGAAGCUAACCGCUGGCCCCGAAUCACGCAGCCUGUUCUUAAACGGCCUCGCCAUGUGCAUUGUCACCUCUGUUGUCCAGAUGGGCACAUGCAGCACGCUGUGGUCACAGCCCGUCGGCACGGCAGGGAUUUAUAUCGCUGUGCCCGCGUCAGCUCCUGGGGAGACCUUUUACCUGUGAUCUCUCCAUCCGAGUUUCCUCCUCCGUCCCCGGCUGAAGAGCCCCCUGAGAGUUGACAAGGAUAUUCCUCCGUCACACCUGCCAAGGGCAAAGCUACCUGGUCCAGGAAGACAGCUCUGGUACCCCUGUGCUUGUAUUUGUUUGAAAUUUUAAUAAUAAAUGUUUUUAAAGAACA